AUGAUUCAACUAAAGUCAUUAUUGAGUUGUAUCGACAAUUCCGGCGCCUCGGUUGUCGAGUGCGUCAAUGUCCUGAAGAAGAAGCGGGCCGCGACUAUCGGUGAUCGAAUCGUUGUCGUCGUACAGAAACAAAGGGCCGCUGGAUCCGAGGGAUCGGGUACUGCUCUUGCGAACAAGGUCCGUCGCGGUGAUAUCCGACAUGCUGUUGUAGUUCGUGUGAAGAAGGAACUUCAACGGCCAGAUGGUUCUCUGGUGCGCUUCGGUGAUAAUGCCUGUGUGUUGAUCAACAAGGCGGGUGAUCCCAUUGGCACAAGAAUGAAUGGUGUCGUUGGACAAGAACUCCGAAAUAAGCAAUGGUCCAAGAUCUUGUCUCUGGCGCCCGUGCACGUGUAA